CAUGCACCCACAGUUUCCUGACUUCCUGUAUCUCCACACACACACACACAUUGUCAAGACGCUGACAGGAGAUCUAUAAACAGCAGCGCUUCACAUGUUUCUAAGCAAGCUGAAUGGCAAAAACAUCACUUUAAACUAGAAUGGAGUUUGCCUGCAGUCAUGUUGUAUGCAACUGGAGAUCUGAGAAUUUAACAGAAGAUGAAACUACCUUCUCAAGUCAAGGUUCCACCUCCACUUUGCCCUGUGGUCUGUUCAGAUCUCAGUCUGUUUUAGAACAUCCGUAUGACAACCGCGUUCCCAUCGUGCAGAAUUCAAUUCCAUCACUGGUUCCUCCACCUGUACCGCCCCGUAAUAUAAAACAGAAACGCAGACUGUCAACGCUUCCACCACCAAUACCACCUAGAGGUCUGGAAAACAAUGAAGAGAUUCGACUUAAAGCUAAUGUUAACGUAGUGUCACUCAAAGUGGGAAGCCUUGUGGACAUUAGUAAAGAUACUGCUAUACAGAGCAACCAGAAACCACUGCUUUGUGAAAAAUGCAAAGCCAUUAUGUCCUCUGCAAGCAACCCAGAGACGCACCAAAACACAACAAUGUGGUGCUGUGAGUUUUGUGGUAAAGAGAAUGUCUUCUCACAUACUUUGCUGAAGGGAGUCCGCUUUUCCAUGCGCAGUCCUCUCGGCAGAGAUAUACUUUACAAGGAUGACAAUGAUGACGAAAUGGAUUAUGAGAACCUAGACAACAUGCUUAUUGUCCUUUGCGUAGACAUUUCCGGAAGUAUGAGCGUGACGUCUGAGAUCAGCCCUGGGAAUAGCAUGCGAUCGCCCACAUAUGUUUCUCGGCUGCAGGGAGUCCAGGAAGCUCUUCAGCUGGUGCUUUCCUCCUUGCUGAAAACCUCACCUCAACGAAGGGUGGCACUGGUCACGUUUAACAAUGAGGUGACAGUGUAUGGGGAUGGUACAGGGGUUCCUGUCAGUCUCAGAGACUGGGCCCUGUUGGAUUAUGAUUUCCUGAAGAAGGAAGGAGAGAACUACAACACCCCUCACUGCAUUGCGGAGACCAUCCAGCCUCUGACUCAGAAAAUCAAGGAACUGAGAGAACAUGGAGCUACCGCACUGGGCCCGGCUGCACUCAUCUCUGUCGCUAUGGCAUCAAAGUUCACAGGGUCAAAAGUCAUAAUUUGCACAGAUGGACGGGCUAACAUAGGUCUGGGACAGUUAGAGCAAGAGGCUUCCCAUUGCCUUGCCCCUCCACCUUAUUUCUACAACCAGUUAGCCGGUUAUGCCGCAGAAAAAGGUGUGAUAGUUUCAGUGAUGACCUUUGAAGGAGAGGACUGUCGUUUGGCAGAGGUUGGAAAGUUGGCUGAUCACACUGGAGGCAGAAUAAAUAUUGUAAAUAUUGGUACGGUCGCCACAGAGAUUCAAAGUGCCAUAGCUGACAACGUCCUAGCAACGAGUGUCAUGGCAACACUGUUGGUACCUGAUGGAAUGUACUUUCCAUAUGAGGAGGAUGAUCAUCGGUUAUUGAGAGAGAUUGGAAAUGUUACAGAUAAAGCUGAGAUCACCUUCCAGUUUGCAGUCAAACCAGAAAAAGUUGAGAGUUUUCAAGGACGGGACAGGGUCCCUUUUCAGCUGCAGCUGAGCUUCAGGACUCGGGACUUACAGAAAGUGACAAGAGUCAUUACUCAACAGAAACGAGUAACCACAAGCAGUUGGGUGUGGGCAGGCAGUUUAAACAUGUCUGUGUUGGGCGUCCACUGUGCCCAGCUUUGUGCCAGGCUUACUAUGGAGGGCAAAAUAAAAGAAGCACAGAGACAACUCAGAGCUCAACAAGACCUUCUUAAAGACAUCAGUGAACAGAAGCCAAGCCCUAAAGAAGAGAGUAUAUAUGGGAACUGGAUCAGUACUAUGAGUUUGAUCUGUGAAGACCUCACCACUGUUAACCAGAACUCAAAAGACAAUGAAGCUCAACCAUCAAGCCCAACGCCUUCUACUGCAAGUCUCUCAGAUGAGGCGGCCAAAGUCGUCUACGAGAUGAAGAGAGCAAAGAGCGUGUCUGAAAAACACAGAGAGGUUCCAUGUUAAAGACCUGAUCUCAGAUCUUUUCGAGAUAUCUAUUGUUAUGUAUAAGAAAAAUUGUGCUUUUGAUGGGCUGCUAUGUCAAUCAAACAACUACGAACAAACUCUGAACAAUUUGUAUUUUAUAUUUUUAUAUUUUUAGAAUAUGGUAUAUAUGGAAAAUACAAUUAUUGAUUAACCUAGCAUCUUAUAAUGUACUGAGUCUUCUGUGACAUCGCAGCUUAAUGUAAACAUUAUACAUAUGUGUCCUGCUGUGGUAAUAUAAUAAAAUAACACUUAAAAUAAAAUGUUGUAUACAAA